UCAGAAGACCUGAAGAUCCAGCAGAUUUUCCCGACGCAGCAAACGACCACCACAGAGGAAGUGCUUGUCCUGCCCGAGACGACAUUCAAGUGUACCUAUGAGAGCAAGGAGGCAAACGUUGCCUGGCGCUGUAUCAACUGUCAUCCAGAUGAUUAUCAGAUAGUGGAACAUGCUCUGCUCAUCAUUCGUCGACCGCCGUUCGAUAAGAGGAUCGAGUACGCGUGCGUAGCACAGACGGGCAGGAUCGCUGCCAAUAAUCCAAGAAAACUGCUUCGGAUGGUUGUAGUCUGGAAUCCGUCCUCUUGUCUUUGCUCUGUUGAGCUUUGA